CUCUGGUCAGGUUUUGAUAAAUCUCCCACUAAAUCCCUCGAUAAAUCUCCCCCAAUUUAGUUUUUCUAAAGAAUGGCUCAGCAGCCACAUGACUGUUUCGACUAUCAAGUACAUUAAUUACAUCUCUACUCUAUACUUUAAUUUUGCAGCUUGUGUAGGAAGUUUAUGGAAAGUUUUUUUAGUUGUUGUUUGUGUCUAUAUCUGCAGCAUAUUGGCAUACAUUCAAUAUCCGUAUGCAAAGUAUUUAUUGGACAUCCAAACAUAGUGAAUAGUUAUGUGAAAAUGUUAGUUUUCCUUGUUUAUUAUAUGCUCCGUAUUGUGCAUUUCCAUCAGUCAUUGAACUGUUCAGAGCUCUAUAAGGGGCACUUUGGUGCAGUCUGCCCCUGCAGUCUAGCAUUGCAGGUUGUGAGAGGUACAGUACUGCAGUACAGAGCUAUGGGACAUGGCACUGCAAGCUCCCUAUCUCUCCCCCCUCCAUCCCAGCUCAGGCUCUGCAAGGAGGAAGGAGGGGAAGGGGGAGUCUCACUGUUUUGGUGCAGUUCACAUUACGCUGGAUGCAUGAACAGGCUGAAAUAUCCGUGGGACUCUUAAAUUUCCGAGGUCAGAGUUAAGACAAGCUUAAAGAUGGCCCCUGGGUAUCUUGAAUUCUCCUAUCUCUUCUGUGCUCUGUUCUUGUCCAUCCUUAUCCAUUCAGCUUUUCCUGCAGAGAGUAACAGGGGCCAUAGAAAAAUAGUCCAUGUUCAAGAGGGUGAGACUGGUGAAGUGAUUGUACAGACAGCUCCAGGUAUAGUGACCACACACCGGGGUGGCUCCAUUAUUCUUCCAUGCCGAUACCACUAUGAACAUUCUGGAGAGGAUCCUGCACCAGUACGCAUUAAGUGGUCCAAGAUCAGUGAUCCGGCAUCCUUCAUUGAUGUGUUUGUAGCUCUGGGGGAAGAAAGCAGAGGAUUUGGCUCCUAUAAGAACCGUGUGUAUCUUCAAGAGCAUGACCCAGGAGAUGCUUCACUGAUCAUCCACAAUGUUACGCUAGAUGAUUAUGGAAGGUAUGAAUGUGAAGUGACCAAUGAAUUAGAAGACGAUACAGGGACAGUAAAACUGGAUUUAGAAGGUGUAAUCUUUCCUUACUAUCCACGACUGGGCCGGUACAAAAUGAACUUUCAUGACGCGGAACAGGCUUGUAAGCAACAGGAUGGUAUUCUAGCUUCAUAUGACCAGCUUCAUGAGGCCUGGCUUAAUGGACUGGACUGGUGUAAUGCAGGAUGGCUGCAUGAUGGCUCAGUGCAGUAUCCAAUCUCCAAACCUCGUGAAGAAUGCGGUAAAAAAGACACCCCUACUGGUGUUAGAAACUAUGGCUACAGACACAAGGAUGAUGAGCGCUAUGAUGCUUUCUGUUUUACAUCCAAUCUUAAUGGCAAAGUUUAUUUCCUGAAGACAUAUCACAAGAUGACUUUUCAAGAGGCAGCCAAAGCCUGUGAGAAGAAUGGUGAUACAGUAGCCAAAGUUGGUCAACUCUAUGCAGCCUGGAAACUGCAGCUUUUGGACAGAUGUGAAGCCGGAUGGCUUGGUGAUGGCAGUGUCCGCUACCCCAUUGUAAAUCCACGGCUAAGGUGCGGAGGAACAGACCCUGGGGUGAGGAACCUAGGAUUUCCUAGUAAAAAGUAUAAAUUAUUUGGAGUUUACUGCUUUAAGGGAAAAGGUGACACAGAAGAAAAUGAAGAAAAAGUAAAGAUCAAGAAUGGAAUCAACCGAUGGAAAUCUAAUCAUGUGUAGAGCAGGUGAUGACGGAGCUUGCUGAACAUUGAUGUCCGUGAUCUGAAAUGAACAUCUACAUGCCUAUAUAUCAAUGCACACAUGUGAAACGAAGUUCAAUUGCUUUAAAGCGGGUCAGCGUAGUUAAGAUAUGUGAGUUUAUAAUAUGAAUAAUGGACUGGAGAAGAAACAAUGCACUUAUAGAAGGAUUGAUGAGUAAAACAGAUAUGUAUUCUGAUGUCAAAUCUGAAAAUUAAGUGAACUUGUAAAGAAAAAGGUCUGGAUCAUACAGUAUCCUCACCCAGAUUUUAACAAAUGAAUGACAAUGUUCAUAGCACAACCAUGCUACUUUUUAAAGCGUACCUGUCAGAUCCCAAAAAAAAAAAAAAAAAAUCCUGAUCAUGUACAUAUAAUUUUUAUGUCUCUAACAUAAAAUAGCAUAGUAAUGCUGCUUAAUGUAUUUUCCAUCCUCUGGGGGAGGGGGCAUAUCCCUCUCUUGCCUGCACUGUGAUGACCCCUCCCCCUCCCUUAUUGUGCUUACUUGCUGCUCUCAGAGCAAGCCUGGGAGCCCUGCUCUGCCUUUCCUCUCUGGCUUUAUGCUGUAUACACACACACACACACACACACAAUGAUUAUUGGAGAUUUCCUGUACUCUACCACCAAAGACAAUAUGGUGAGUGUAUAAAUUAUAUCUUCAUAUGUCAUUCAUGUGUAUCAUCCUUUGGCAGUCCUGUAAUGCAGGGACUUGUUGUUUUGUAAUAGUUGGAGGUACACUGUUUGGAUAACUCUUUUUUGCAGCUGUGUUGCCUUCAGCUGUGUGCCUACAGCCUUUGCAAAACUGCAACUCCCAGCAUGCCCAGACAUCCUUUGACCGUCCAGGCAUGCUUGGAGUUGUAGUUUAGCAACAGCUGGGGGCACAUGUUUGGUAAAAUUCUGUGUUACAGCAAUGUUUCUGCAAGCUGUGUUCCUCCCUCAGCAUUGUCAAUCAUCCAUCUCGUGUCCAUGACCCUUGGACAUGCUCAUGCUGCUGUGGGACUCAGUUUCCCAGGAGAUAUAGGGACCCCUAGUGGUGGGAUUUUCAAAGGCAGUUUUCUUUCAUAAAAUAUGAUUUUUUUUAAAGAAGUAUAUUAGAAAAACUAUUGUUUUGCCAUGACGUACAAAAUUUAAAAAGUUUUUAUAUCUGACAGUGCCCAUUCAACUGUCAGCAUAAAUGCACAGAAAAAAUGGAACCUUACAUCGUCAUUAAUUAAUAUAUUAAAUAGGACAGGACCCAAGACGGACCCCUCUGGUACCCCACUAGUAACAGUCACCAAAUCAGAAUAAGUACUAUUAAUAACCACUCUCUGUUUCCUAUCACUGAGCCAGUUACUUACCCACUUACACACAUAUUGGUUUUCAGCCUUCAGAGGUACAAAAGCGUUUUGUUCACUGACAGCAGAGAUUGUAAACAUGGUGAGAAAUAGUUCGGAACUGUUCACUAUGCAAUGAUUAAACCUUAUUUGCAUAUAACCUCUUUAAUGUCUUAUAAUAGACAACCCUGUACAUAGGGAACUUACAGCAGUGAUCAGCUGGCUGCUGCAUGUCUGGCUCCCAAGAGCCCCAACAGCUGCUUUUGCAGCAGAGAAAUAGUCAUCCAAGUAAUACAUAAAUGUCCUGAGUUUGGCAAAGUGAGAUAAUUUCCACUUUGUUUCACUCACAAAUGUCCUUAUAUUGGCCUAUGUAAGGCUGGGUUCACAUAUAUCAGGAGUCCGGCAUAGUUUCCCUCCAUCGUGCACCAGAGGGAAACUGAUGCUAGAACUGAUCCCAUUCAUUUGAAAGGGGCAGUUCACAAUCAUCCAGCGUCUCAAUUUUGACACCGGAUGGUUGGACUUGCCGGACUACUCCGGACAAGGGAAUGCAGAAACAAUGAACACCGUCCAGAAACAAUGGACACCGCAUGCCAUACAACUGAUGACAACUGAUGCACGUUUUCAUCUGUUAUGACAUCAGUUGGGUCGAGAUCUAGCCGGACAUAUGUGAAACCAGCCUAAUAGACCCAAGGAUCAGCCAAUAAACAAGAAUAUGUUCAUUCCUUGGGGGAGGGAGUGGGGUUUAACAGGUUUAAAAAUCAUUGUUUGUCGGUUGCACAUCACCCUGUAUAAAACGGAAUGUGUGGCCAAUAAAUGACAUUAGAAAGGGCCAUAUGAACGAUCCAGUGAUUUUGGUAUAUGUGGUCCACCCCGCCCCAUACCGAGCUAUGCAAAAAGCUCAGUCUCAAUCUAGCAGUUCUGCGCUCAUGUUGCGCUGUGCAUUACAGCCCUUACUGGCCAAUCUUUACAGCAAUAGUAAGUGAUUCGUAUAAGAUUCUUAUAACUUCCGUCUUGUUGAGGUUUGCAGCGUUCCACCAGUUGCUUCUUUUCUUGACCCUUUGGGCUACAAAUUUACUGACAUUGUUUCGGUUUUAUUUGGUUGCUGAGGAGAAUUUAAGACCCCAAAGGCAGGAUUAUAUAUGUGGCGAAUCUCAGAGAGACCAAAAUCUGCACAUUACAAGUGUCUGACUCUCUUCCGAUAACUCAGCGGUUAUCUUAUUUAAACAGAUGGAUUAACCUAAAUAGACAGUGAGCAACAGUUUUUAUGGAAACUAUUAGGAUGUAAUGAUAUAUUUUACACAAAUAUUUCUUGUCGUUAGCAUAGACAUCUGACAACAUUGGGAUUCAGUUUUUCCCACCUACUGCACAUGAAUUGAAAAAAAACAAUGUGAGAAAAAUGUUUUUUGAAAGAAAUCAUUUUUACAAAACAAAUAAUACACUUAAAAUGCAGGCAGUGAGCACGCCAUUCAUUAGAGCUCAGCCAUGCAGACAUUGCACAUGUAAUCUACAUUUCUACAAUCUACAAUUAUCCUGUUUGGCAUCUUUCAGCUGAAUUAUAGUGUUUCAGUUUUCUUUAAAAAAAAAUCAAAUUAUCUAUGUUUUUAUGCUCUUCAUAGCUUUGUCUUUUAUCUUCUGCAAUGGGUAGAAUGGUUAUAAUGAAAAAUUGCAGGCAACAAAGCUUUGUGUUGCCGGUGAGCGAUAGACAGUACAUUAACUGUUUAGAAAAGGUGGGUUAUCCAGCAAUGCUGGCAUCUUGUUGUUUGACUUACAUAAGAUACCAUGUAUACACACACCAGAAGGAGUAUGUGAACUGUCAUAGUAAUAAAAUGACGUUUAAGAGUGAAACGCAUGAAAUGGUGACCAUAUUCCUGUCAUUUCCCUACUUGAUAACUAGAUGCACCAGUUUUUUAUUCAGACUUAAAGGGGUACUCUGCUGGAAAACAUUAUUUUUUUUAAUCAACUGGUGCCAGAAAGUUAAACAGAUUUGUAUAUUACUUCUAUUUAAAAAUCUUAAUCCUUCCAGUACUUAUUGGCUGUUAUAUGCUCCACAGGAUGUUCUUUUCUUUUUGAAUUUCCUUUCUGCCUGACCACAGUGCUCUCUGCUGACACCUCUGUCCAUUUUAGGAACUGUCCAGAGCAGGAUAGGUUUGCUAUGGGGAUUUGCUCCUACUGGUGUCAGCAGAGAGCACU